UUUACCUUAACCCUUCUUCUUCCUCCUCCUCCACUCUAUCGUCCUCAGAAGCAAACACCAUCUCAGCUUCGUCGUUAAUGGCGAGACGUUUCCCCUCGCUUCUCCGACGCGCGUUUCCUCCUCCUUCUCCGCCUCCUCUACGAGCCUACCUCGUUUCCCCCCGUUUCCUCACUCCCCAUUUUCCCACUCGCCACGCGUUUCCCUUCCCCGAGGACUCCGAUCGAUCGAACCCCCAAAAUACUUCGUGGGUUUUGAGGGAUUCGAUUCAUAAUCUCGAAAAUAUUCGUCCUUUCCGCGCAAAUUUGCACCUUGGAUCUCUUACUACAUCCCCAAGUACUUCUAACUUGCCGUACAAGAUUUUCAAUCAAGGGCUUGGGUUUCUCAACAAUACGAAUAAGUUUUAUGUCAAUAGUUGGUGUUGUAUGCAUACGAGCCGAUAUUUUUGCAACACGGCCGAAAUUGUAGCUCAACCGCAAGAAAAUAGUGGAAAUAUGGAGUCUGGUAAUGCUAAAGCGAAGAGGAAAAAGUUGAAGGGGAAGCGUGCGGUUGUAAGAUGGUUAAAAUUCUUCAGAUGGAAAAAGAAAAAAGAGUAUGAACGAAUGACUACGGAAGAGAAGAUUCUGUACCGACUUAAAAAAGCGCAUAGGAAGGAGCAACGACUAGCCGAGGCGCUGAAAAAGAUCGAGCCGCCCGAUCCGUCGGAACCCACUCACGACCCGGAAAUACUCACCCCCGAAGAACACUUUUAUCUUCUUAAAAUGGGCCGCAAAUGCAAGAACUACGUGCCGGUGGGAAGGCGCGGGAUCUUCCAGGGGGUGAUUCUCAACAUGCAUUUGCACUGGAAGAAACAUCAAACCGUGAAAAUCAUCGUGAAGACGUUCACGCCCGAGGAGGUGAGAGAAAUCGCCGUGGAGUUGGCGAGAUUAAGCGGAGGGAUCGUUCUCGAUAUCGUCGAGGAGAAUACGAUAAUCAUGUAUCGGGGCAAGAACUACGUGCAGCCGCCCACAGAAAUAAUGUCCCCAAAGGUUACUCUUUCUCGGAAAAAGGCUCUGGACAAGUCCAAAUAUCGAGACGCUCUCCGUGCCGUCCGGAGCAACAUUCCGAGGCUUCAGCAGGAACUGACAGACCUUCAGCUGGAAAUGAAACAGGAGGGGGAAAGUGAACACAGGCCAGCAAGCAAAGAAGAAACUGCUUCUGCGAAAAGCCCAGAGCUUCUCGAGAAGUCGGAAGCCGAAAUCUCCGACCUCAUCGACUCUGAUGACUCUUCGACGGAGUCUGUUACAUUCUCGGAAUCAGAAGAUCUGUCAGACAUCUUCGAGACCGAUUCCGAGGGGCAAACGCAGGACGAGCUGGACCGACCUUUGUAUCUGGAUAUCGUGGAGAGGUUUCCAUCGCAAAAUGAUGGCGAGGCCGAGGAUUUCGAGGAGCACCUGCGGAAAAUUGCUUCGGUCGCGAAAACCGGCGAUUCGACGCAGAGAGAGCUAAAAGCCGCGGAUUUAGAUGAGGUUGAUAGGAUCUUCUUGAGAGCUAGCUCAUUGUUGAAGAACAAAAGAUGAUGUUUAAUUCAUUGAUUGUAAAAUAAACAACACUUUUUGAUA